AUGAAGAAGACAAGAGAAGAUGUCAUAAUUGUGGGAGUGUAUGUGGAUGAUCUCAUCCUCACAGGCUCAAGUGCAGAACUCAUCAAGAAAUUCAAACAGGAAAUGAUGCAGAAAUUUGAGAUGAGUGAUCUGGGGCUCCUAAGUUACUACUUGGGGAUAGAGGUGAAGCAAAAUGGAGAAGCCAUAACACUGUGCCAGUCAGCCUAUGCAAGAAAAAUUCUUGAGAAAAUGGGAAUUACAGAUUGCAACACUUGUCAUAUUCCUAUGGAGCCAAGGUGCAAACUGAGCAAUUAUGAUGGAGAGCCAUUAGUGGAUGCAACCACGUACAGGAGUAUUAUUAGAAGCUUGAGAUAUCUGGUAAACACUCGCCCAGAUCUUGCAGUUGGAGUUGUAAGCAGAUACAUGGAGGCUCCAACCACUGCACACAUGAGUGCUGUCAAGCAGAUUCUGAGGUUUGUAAGAGGAACACUUGAUGUGGGAUGUGUGUACAAGAAAGACCAAGCAAAUGAAGAUUUGGUUGGUUAUAGUGACAAUGACCUUGCAGAAGACACUGAUGACAGGAAGAGCACAACUGGUGUGAUGUUCCUCCUUGGAGAAAGUCCUAUCACUUGGAUGUCACAGAAGCAGAGAAUUGUGGCACUCUCAUCAUGUGAAGCUGAGUACAUUGCAGCAACAGGGAGUGCUUGUCAAGGGAUUUGGCUCACAAGGCUGAUGGAAAGCCUAAGAGGAGAUAGACAAGGGAUUUGUUCCUUAUAUUGA